CAAAUUGUUUUUCACAAUUUGAUUAAAAUAACAACUUCUAUUUCAGAACGGUCUGUUUCUAUGUGGUUGGAUCAGGGGACUGAUGAGGUUAAGGAGCAGAUAGCAGGCCAUGAGUAUGAUGGAGAUAUUAGAGUAACUAAGACUGGUAAAACGUGCCAAGAACCGUGCUGGGUUAAUAUGGAUAACGGAUAUUUGUAUUGUGAAACUGCCGCGGGAAUAUUCGAAGAAUGCAGUAUCAAGUUACCGGAAGUCCAAAACUCAAGCACUGUCUUCCAUAAGUUCUUAAAGCCUCUUAGUACUACUUAUAGCGGCAAAACCUGUCAAAGAUGGGCUGAUAUUAUUCCGCAAUCACACAGCUUGCAUGGAAAUAUCUUUAAGGGGGAAAGCAUAAAUGAAGCAUCUAACUUCUGUAGAGAUCCUGGAGAGACUGGGUUCAUCUGGUGUUUCACAACAGAUCCUGAUAAACGAUGGGAACCGUGCAUAGUUAACGAAAUAAAAUCCAAACGUAGCUGCAUCACUGUCCAAAAAUAUUCUGGGAAUGAAAAUAAAACAGUUACAGGGAAGUCUUGUGUGAGAUGGGAUGAUAAGGUUUUACCAUUGCAAGCUGAUUUUCGGGAAAGGGAUGCACGAGUUGCAAAUAAUUAUUGUCGAGACCCAUUUAGUUUUGGAUAUAACUGGUGUUUCAUAAACCAGUACGGCCAGGACUGGGAGCCAUGUCAGACUGAAGAUCCACAAGAACCGAGGAACUAUGAAGUGCGUCAUGAAACCGUUGCACACAGUAUGUUUACAUGCGAUGGAGAGGUACAAAUUACGAAAUUUGCUAGAUGUGAUGGGAAGUUUGAUUGCAUUAACAAACGUGACGAAGUUGGGUGUCCGUAUACAGUCCAUUCGAUGGCAAAGGCAAGAAAUGUCAACAGUAAUUUUACAAACGUUCCUCUUCCAUAUUCUUUUCGGGAUUCUAUCUUAAGAUGUAACUCUCAAGAAUUUAUAUCUGUCAUCGCAAGAUGUGAUGGGGUAAUCGACUGCCUUGAUGCAUCUGAUGAGAUGAAUUGUCAGGACGAUAGUGUAGUGUCUAAAGGAAACCGUAUGUGCUCCAACGACCAGUUCCGAUGUAACGACGGAGACUGUAUCCAUAUCAGUCUUGUUUGUAAUUAUGUUGUUGACUGUAAUGAUGGUUCGGAUGAGUACUGUGAUUUCCAGCCGUGCUCAAUUUUGACUGAGUACCAGUGUAACAAUGGACCAUGUAUCUCAUUGAACAAACGGUGCGAUUCUAUAAAACACUGCGCAGAUGGCUCGGAUGAGAUUGCGUGUUAUAAAUGCAAUGAAGAGCUUGCAUUCCUUUGUGAUAUUGGGCGAUGCAUUCCAAAACGUCUCCGAUGUGAUGAGCAUGCCCACUGUGAAGACGGAGCCGAUGAACAAUAUUGUACUAGAGAAGGGUUCUCCUCCUGUCAGGAUAUUUGGGAGGCUGGGUUUAGGAAAUCUUCACUUUAUACAAUGGCCGGUGUUAUAGUGCAAUGUGAAUUUGAUGACAUUUAUGACAAUCAUCAGAUAGAAACCGUGCUGAAUAUGGACCUGAACUAUCAUGAGAAUUAUCUGUUCGGGAGUACAUUUGUUAGCUCAAUGCUUUACAAUGACCUAUCAAGUAAAUUAGAAAGCACGAUAAAUCUGAUGCUUUUUGCUGACGAAAAUACUACAUGCAUUCAAAAGAUGAAAGAGGUCUGUGUUCCAGCCUUCGAAGCAAGAGCAGAGCUUAAUGACACCUCCAGUGAAUGUGUUUGUGGUAUUUUUAACUACAAGAUAGGCGAAAGGUAA